AUGCAAGCUAAACACACCUUGGAGAUCAACGAUAAUGCAAGAGUUCGGAAUAAUAAGAGUUUCCUUAGCAUCGUCACCAAUGCAGGUGGAUUUGAAAACAUGGAGUUCAUCGAGAAAGAUACGAGAAACUACAUUGGCCAACACAUAAGAUCUUUAUGUAAGGAUGGUGAUGGUCAGACCCUCCUACGAAACUUUUCUUCAAUGAAAGAUUUAAAUAACGAGUUCUUCUAUGACAUUGCAUUGGACGAAGGGAAUAGAAUUUGUAGUGUGUUUUGGGCUGAUGCAAUAAGUCGAGCCGCAUGUGAAGAAUUUGGUGAUGUGGUGUCCUUCGACACCACGAACUUAACAAAUAAGUAUGACAUGCCAUUUGCGCCUUUUGUUGGAGUUAACCAUCAUGGACACUCGAUUUUACUUGGUUGUGGAUUGCUCUCUUCGGAAGACACUGCCUUAUUUGUAUGGUUGUUCCAAUGUGGGCUUAGAUGCAUGCGUAAUAAGGCCCCUGAUGGGAUUAUAACUGACCAACGUAGGGUAUUGGCCAAUGCCAUUGAAGAAGUGUUUCCAAAUACAAGGCACAUGUGGUGUUUAUGGCAUAUCAUGAAGAAGUUGCCAGAAAAAUUUCAAGCUUAUAAAAAUUAUGUGGCUAUCAAAAGCAAACUAAACACGCUUAUUUAUGAAUGUGGUUGUCCAACAAAAUUUGAAAAUGAUUGGGAAGAACUACUGACCAAACAUGGAUUGGAGGAGAAUGAAUGGCUAUGUAAUUUGUAUGAAGAGAGACAUAAAUGGGUUCCUUGUUACUUGAGGAAUCAUUUUUGGGCAGGCAUGUCAACAACUCAAAGAAGUGAGGGAAUGAAUGCUUCUUUUGAUGGAUUUAUCAAUUCUAGUACCACACUUCAACAAUUUGUGGUUCAAUACGACAAUGCACUAAGGGUGAAGCCCAAAAAGAAAUACAAGUUGACUUCUCCUCCCUCAACACCACGGUUGCAUGUGGCUUUCAGUCACUAA